AUGACUGUCAGAACCAUGCGAGAUACUUUAAAAACCGCGGACGAAGCCGAAAUAGGGGAAUUUCUUACACUCUUGGACGAGGAGAUCCUCCAAAUAUCCGCCUCCGACGGUGAAAGCAGCCAGCGACGCGAUUUCGAAGAGGAGCUACAGUCCAUCUAUGAUGAACAUGUCGAUUUCUAUCGGUUUCAACCUGUGGAAAUUUUUCUAGAUGUCCUUGCUCAUGCUCGUCCAAUCCUACCUGUCACGACGUUCAUAGCUACUUGGUUUGAUCUUCUACUCCGUCCCGCACUGCGUGAACCGCGUUUGACAUCACCCGCAGUCGAGCGUGCCAAACAACUCGUCAUCGAAGCUCUAGAAAAUGACGGAGAGGAUCCAGAAAUGGUCACGAACUUCCGCAAACGUCUGGUCGAUUUAUACCUGUUGGAUGCCCUGAAUGAAAGUUCGGGUAAGGACAUCCUGGAAUGGGCACAACUAGACGAGCAUCAAAGGAACAUGAAUAUCUGGUGGAAGAAUAACUUGGAAGACAUCCUUGUGACAUAUGGCCUAGCUCAGCCGGAGGAGCUCAUGGACGUCAUGCAGGAUUGUUUCAAGACAUCAAGCUCACGCUUGCAGUUAAUAUCCUUGUUGGAUUCACUGGUUUCACAGCCUUCGUUCCUUGAUAUCUCGUCCGCGGUAUUUACACACCCUUUAAUGGGGAGUAUAUUCCGGUCCCUUGAGGUUGACAAUUCCUCUACUGUCUGUGCAGUAGAACUGGCCCUUCUUGUCAAGAUCCUCCCGUGUGCCGCCAUCAAGGCAUAUGGGCCGCUCAAGGAUAUCCUUCCUCGCCUACUUGGAAUUCUUGGCCGGGUGUUGUGUUGGAAAGCACGAGGUGGACAGGUUAAGCAGGGAGGAUGUGUUACUUAUUCGGAUCUGCUAGACUACGAUGACCCAGCACUCAUCGCAGAAAUGGAAAAGAAAGAAUUGGACGACGAAAUCGAAGACCUUAAAGAAACUUGGCAAUCUAAACUGGAAAUACGAGAAGAAUUGGAGUGGGAUCGCUUGGAACGGACAUUCGAUAUGUCUACAACGUCGCUCCCUGUUCCGAAGCAGUUCUUCUCACUCCUAUAUUUCUUAUUUCCGUGCAACACUAUACACUUCCUCCGUCGGCCCAUUGCUUACCUUGAGGAAAGGGAUGCCGAUUCUCCAUGGACUGUUGGAUGGAAGGAUGCUCUAGAUGAAUUACAGAUUCGCACAGCUGGCAGUUCUUUGAUGAGAACGCACAUAAUGCAUCCAAGCGUCUUAUUGCAUGACCUGGACAGCGAGCUUUCGGAUGGCGAUCGUUGGAAUACGUAUGAUGUGUCACGAGUAGUGGGAGAGUGUAUGAUGCUCGAUGCUCAAACAGUUGGCUCUGCAGGUCAUGGAGACCAUGCGCUACAUUAUCUGGGCCCCAGUGAUAAACGCAGCCACGGGUUGGGCCGUAGUGGUGAUGUAACCACGACUCAAACGCCGACCGUUAGGAAUGCGCAGCUCGAUGAGCCACCCCCACGCCUGCGCAAGAUAUCAUUGCAUGACCUCAUUGCGACUUCUGCGGCACUCAAGUCCGGCGCGGAUAUAAAUGUAUCUGAGAAAGCUCCGGUGUGGCCGUCUAUCCUUUUCACUCCACCACCAAGCACCGCACCAAGCCGAUCAAGUUCUGUUGACCCCACGAUGAUUUCUGAAGCGACCUCACCCACCGACGAGCUGAAGAUACCAACCCAGAUUAGCGAGACGAUAGCGGGAUUGCAGAGGGAGGUUCUUCUUUUACGAACUGAGCUCAACUUUGAGCUUUGGUUGAAGAGGGAGAACGUGAAACAUAUCACUCGUCUACAUCAGGAUGGAGUUUUGACGAAGAGCGCGGAGCUUGAGCAGCAGCGAUUGCAAAACAGGCUGCGCGAGUACAGGGGCCAAUUGAUCGAGCUGCAGAAGGAGUCGAAGAAGCAACAAGAGCAGGCCCAGUCAAUGAAGAAGAAUGAUAUCGAGUGGAAAGAGAAUUUAUCAGCCAAGCUCAAUGACCUUCGUCAACAGAAGAAAUCUUGGAUGGAGGAAGCGAAUGCUCUUCGCACCAGGAACACUGACUUGGAGACGCAUCUCGAAGCACAGGGUAAACGCCUCGAUGAAGCGCAGAAGAAGGUCUUUGAACUCGAAACGGAGAUUAAAGCAGAUGCGCUUAAGGUCAAACGAUUAAGAGAUUAUGAGAAGAGGAUCGAACAACUUACCGCGAUGUUGCGCAUGUGGAACAACGAUAUUGUCCAGUACAACGAGCAAGCGAAGCAGAUGACGGAGUUGGUCAGCGAGCACCAGAAGAUGAAGAUGCGUGCUGAGGAAUACGAGAAGGCCCUAGCAGAUGCGGAAGCAUCCGCACAAUCGAGUCGACGUCGCAUUCAGAUACUUGAAGCAAGCCUUCGUAGUGCGGAGCUACGUGCUGCUCCGCAACGGCAGAAUGUAGAGCACAUGUUGGCCGAACAGGCCAAGGAACGUGACGCGUUGGCGAUGAACAAUAAAGCUUUGCGAGAAGAGAACGAAGGAUUGCGGGAUGAUAUAGAUGAGCUGCGGGCGAUGGUGGAGGUAUUAAAGGAGAAAGUCUCGGGUUCGACUGGUCUGAUUUCACCAACUUCACCUGUCUUCUCUUCUGUUUGAUAUUCGACAUGCCUCCAGCUUCAACUGACGCACUGUACUUAUCUCAUCACUGUAGCGAUAGCCAUGACUUGUGUAAAGUUACUUACAUGUUCUAAAUUUUCACUGUACUUCAC